CAAGAACUUAUAGACAGUAUAAGCAGGAAGCUGCAGGUCUUGAGGGAAGCUCGGGAAACCCUCUUGGAGGAUAUCCAAUGUAACAACUCUUUAGGCGAGGAGGUUGAGGUCAUUGUCAAAGAGGUCUGUAAAGCAAAUGAGUUUGACAAGUUUCGGAUGUUCGUUGGGGAUCUGGAGAAAAUCGUCAACCUUCUGCUGUCUCUGUCUGGAAGACUUGCUAGAGUGGAAAAUGCCCUUAAUAAUUUAGAUGAAACUGCCUCUCAAGAAGAACGGCGGACGCUAGUUGAGAAGAGGAAGCUGCUGACGAGGCAACACGAAGAUGCAAAGGAGCUAAAAGAGAACUUGGACCGCCGCGAGCGCACAGUUUUCGAAAUCCUGGCGCACUACCUUAACGAGGAAAACCUUGCAGACUAUGAGCACUUUGUGAAGAUGAAAUCGGCACUCGUCCUCGAACAACGAGAACUGGAAGACAAAAUCAAGUUGGGAGAAGAACAACUCAAAUGCCUAACUGACAGUCUCACCGCGGAACGUGUUAAAUAGCAAAUGGCAGCGCCAAAGCUGGACUUCUGGCCGGGCUAUACCGCACAUUUCCUCAUUUCCACAUGUGACUGUGUUACACAGAAUGAAAACACACUUUACUAGCAAUAAUUUUUGAGCUGAUUGGAAGACAUAUAUUUAAUUUGUUUUUUAUUCUGUGUCGGACUGGACAUAUUUUAGAUCCAUAGGUGUUUCUCUUAGAAAUGCAGAUUUAAAUAUACAAUGUUAAGUUCUCCAUAUAGCGAGUUCUGUUACAGUAUCCUGCACGUAGCCAGCAUCCUCGUUUGCAUCACAUAUAAUAUAUGAUACUUGUAGGACUUCCUACAGCACAGCGAUGAAUCAAGCAACCACAAAUUUAACCUUCUGCAGAUUCCUUCUCUAUAAACCCCGGUAGAGUGAAUACCUGACAACCUUUUUAUUUUGCUGUCUCAUUUUUCUUUUCUGAUCUCUUCCCACCACAGUUAUGAAGAAGUUUUACCAUGUUGAAAAUCUGCCGUUGUCUCACUUUUCUCCUGGAAAAAAAAUAAUAAACAGCAUAAAACAUAUGGAGUCGGCAUACAUUUGAUUUCAUGGAGUGAGAGGGGAAAAGAAAACCAUAAAAAAGUUUAAAGAAAUUCUCAGGGCACCAUGAUUUACAGCACAACACGAACAUCACA